AUGAUGAAGAACAUACGGAACCGAGGUUCAAACUCAAUGAACUACUAUCAUGCAUGUUGGAUAGGUUGUGUUCUUACAAGUGGAUCAUUAUCUCAUCGAUCAUUCAAUCUUGGCGCUGUUCCCGAUGACAUCAGUGGAGAACAAUUCGUUCUUCACAUAUGCAAGCAAAUAGAUAAUAUGGGCCAACUGCGACUGCAAUUUAAACUGUUCCACAAACCGUUGUUUAGUUGGAAAGGUUCAUUCUUUUACACCAAGCUGAUGAUAUCUUCGACGCAUAUAAUCUUUGUCAUAGCGACAAUCAUUUCCUUUCCUCUCUACAUAUUUAUUAUCAUGGUUUGCAUGAAAGAAUGGAGGCAAAACACCUUUUAUCUUUUGAUCAUAUCUCAGGGUGCGAUUGAUAUUCUUGUAAUUACAAAUUAUUUGAUAUUUGGAACACUUCGCUCAUCCGGCCUUGUUAACGAUUUCUUUUGGACUUACCAACUACCAUAUGUAGCAGCAUGGUGUUUCGUAAACACUUAUAGCUCCGUAAUUCUUCGCUGCUUCGGCAUCCUAGUGAUAUCGCUGCAGAGAUAUAUUUCUUUGUGUAAGAAAGGCACAGGAGUUGAGCAGCUUAUUAAUACGAGCCAUUGGUGGAUUUUACCGUUGAUUCAGUGGGCUUUUCCGAUCAUUUACUCCAUUCCAAUCUUAACUAUCAAAGACGUUACGUUUUUGUCUAGAGAACGUCUUGAGACGAUUGUCAACAAGGAAGACAUUACGCUUGCAGCUUCGAUGACAUUAUGUUUUGUAUUGAUAUCCUUCCUGAUAUGCUGUUUCUGUUAUGGUGCCGUGUUGAAAUUUUUGGUUAAUAACAGGCACAAUAAGAAAUUGUGA